UGAAUAUGAUUGAUUAGGACUUGGCCACUUUGGCGAACUUUUCUUCCUAGAUUGAACUGUGUUUUAUCAUUUCCUCCGAUCAAUCAUCGGAACAAGAUGCAGAAGCUGAACGAGCUCUUCUCUGGCGGCGGAGACGGCGAAGGCGCAAACGAUAGCUUCCUUGAAGAUGGAUCAGAGGGUCUCUGUUCUCUCUCCACAACUCAGAGAAUGUACGGAUUCGCCGCGUCUUUGGCCGCUGGUUUGCUUCUCAUGUUUCUGUCCAUGAUCGUGUUUGCCAUCCCCAUCAAGUUUGCACUGCUCUUCACAUUCGGAAAUGUUCUCGCUAUCGGAAGCACAGCCUUCCUCAUGGGACCUGAGCAACAGAUAAACAUGAUGUUGGACCCUGUUCGUCUCUACGCUACUUCUAUCUAUGGCGGGUGCGUCCUUCUUGCUCUCAUUUGCGCUCUCUUGAUCCACAGCAAAAUUUUGACGGUGAUUGCGAUCCUAUGCGAGACUUGUGCACUUAUAUGGUACAGCCUCAGUUAUAUUCCGUUUGCACGAAGAAUGGUCUCUGAAAUAAUGAUCCGUCUCUGUGACACCGAGCUAUAGUCAAUCUGAAAGGCAUACACACAAUCUCGGUUUUUACUCGUCUCGAGAAUUUGAGAUAUGAUUCUUCUUCAACACUUCUUGUUUUUUUUGUUUUUUUUGUUUGACCUGAUCCUGUGGUUUGUAUGUGAAUCAGAAGUAACGCAAAUUGAGUUUCUUUGGUUGGGGACUUGAAUCUCUUGUGUGGUGUAUUUUUGUUGCUUCAGACUUAACAGUCACUUGACAUUUGUUUGAUAAGAGAUUACUUAUUCAUAUAAUCCCUCGGAGUUCUCAAUUUGCUUUCUAUAGUUUCUUACGUUUAAUUUAUACACGUAAUAUGCUUAAUUUUUUUACUACCCUAUAGUUUAAUUUUCCCAAUAAAAAAAUGUGAAGACAAUAAUGCUUAGAUACUAGAUAGGCCUUGACAACGAGAAACAGCAUCAUAUUCUCUUACAUUAUUAGUUCUUUCUUUACAUUAAAAAAAGCAUAUAAUAAAAGUUCACCAGCCGAAAAAGACAGAAGCCCAAA